AACUAAAUAUGAUAAUCUUUGAUUACCAAGGGGGUUUGAAUUUUCUUCGCGGGUCAUUGCGCAUUACGGGCAUUACGCGAUCGCAUGUCGCUUUGAGAAGAGCAAUUUUGAGGUUAAGUUUUGAUUUCAUCACCGUGCAAGAAGAAGCAGUUUAGAAUAAGAAAAGUUACAAAAGGAUUAAAUAGUGAAUUAACAAAGAAAUGGCUGGAUUAGUGACACAGUUUGCAAGAUUUACUAUUCGAGCAGCAAUCGGAACACAAAAAGGAGAAAUUCGUCGAUUGGUUUCACAAAAAACGUAUUCUUUCUCACGUCAUGUUCAUACAUCACAGGCUCUUGAAAAGGCAGAAAGGAAAUAUACAAAUAAACAUGAAUGGGUAGAGCUUGAUGGUAAAAUAGGUAUUGUUGGAAUAUCUAAUUAUGCUCAGGAUUCUCUUGGCGAUGUUGUUUAUGCACAACUUCCAGACGUUGGUUCUUUUAUUAAAAAAGAAGACGAGUGUGGAGCACUAGAAUCUGUAAAAGCAGCCUCAGAAAUAAUAAGUCCUGUUUCUGGGAAAGUUAUCGAGAAAAAUGAAGCUGUUGAGAAUAAGCCUGGCUUGAUUAAUUCUUCCUGUUACGAGGAUGGUUGGCUAUUUAAAAUUGAACUCGAUAAUCCUGAGGAAUUGCAGUCUCUAAUGGAUGAAAACUCGUACAAUGAAUUUCUCAAAUCUGAUCCACAUUAACAAAAACAAUAAACUAUUUGUUUAUCUCUCAUUAUACACUAAAGAAAAGCAGCAAACUUUUACACCAAAUAUUAGAAUUCAUUUCCUACUUAUUGUGAAAUUAAUUAAUUUUUAAUAAAUUAUUAAAAUAUGAAA